AUGUGCUGCACCAGACCGCCUUAUGUUUCAGUCGCUACGAUGUUUGAAAUAUCGCGAUACAUCGUGAGGACACUUGCCUGUUCAGACGUGGUGAUAAACUUGCUUCGCAAGUUUGAACCCCGGCACGGAUAUGCACUGCUGAUGAGUUCUAGUAGGAGUGAAACUCGAGUCCAAUGCUCCAUCUGCUUGUUGUGGGAACACCAGAAUAAUUGCUCCAGGACAAGAGGACAACUGUUCAAACACAUUCGAUUCAAAGGCCACACUGCCGAUGAUACCUCGCGUCUUGAGACGGUCGUUAAUCGAGAUGGCACACGCAGGAUGAAACAAAACGUACGACCAAGUUCGGCUGAGGGCCUAUUGGACGGGGAUAAGUACUGA